UGUUUGCAUGUGACACUUGUUGCUGAGAUUGGCAAAGCUGUUCUGCAGAACUGUCAAAAUCUGAAGCUACACAUUGUAUAGCUGCAGCGUAUUGACAAGUUGACGAAAAAGACUGAAAGGGAAGAACGAACACUAGUACUAAAUCUUCGUGUCGUAUAUAAGCUUCUGUGGUUUGCUCAGUGAUGGAUAAACUUCGAAGAGCCUUAAGUGGGAAUGAUGCCCAGCCGGAAGAAGAAAGCGGCAUUAUGCCACAGCUGAUGGAAUCAACGACACUUAGUUGGUCAACAAGACUGAAAGGAUUUAUUGUAUGCUUUUUAAUUGGCAUUCUGUGUUCAAUUUUGGGAUCCUUCUCCCUUUUCUUUAGCAGAGGUCUGGUGCUGUUUGCUGUUUUUUACACUUUGGGGAAUAUCAUUACACUUGCAAGCACGUGUUUCCUUAUGGGGCCUGUCAACCAAAUUAAGAAAAUGUUUGCCCCAACUAGAGUAAUUGCAACAAUUAUGGUUAUCGUGAUGUUUGGGCUCACUCUUUUUGCUGCCAUUUGGUGGAAGAAAGCUGGCUUGGCACUGCUGUUUGUUAUCCUUCAAUCCCUUGCCAUGACGUGGUAUUCUAUCUCAUACAUACCAUAUGCUCGAGAUGCAGUUAAGAAAACUGUCUCUGCUUGUAUUGCAUAAUGGAUGCACAGGAAAAAGCACAUUUUUCGUGUGCUGUGUUGAUAUUAUGGUAACGUUGUAGACAGCAACUCGGAUCAUCUGUACAAGUUAAUUUAUAUUUCUCUGUAUAUGCAAGAGAUGUUGUAUGUGUACAUGAGUGUUCCGUGCUGUCCUUCCAGGAUGUGACCUGUAGCUUUUAUUACUGAUGUACUAUGUUACUAUCUAUUCUUGUAAAUAUCUUGAUGCUUGUGGUUAUAAACGUAUUUGAAGGCUGACUGUGUUAAAGAUUAUAAAUUUAACUCCAGAAAUUAUUUUUGUACAAAUGUUGAUAUAAUCUUUAAAUAAUGUUUCAGGACACAUCCUACGUUGUACUCAGUUACUGUUUUCAAAGAAUUGUUUAUUGCACUUUCUUCAUUUUUAGCUGACAUUAGUAGUCAGAGAAAAUUGAAUUUGAUUGUUCAUUGAAUGAAAGAACUAAUUACGUAAAAUUUGUUAUACAAAAAGGAAGCAGAAACAGCUACUUUUCUUGUUUUGUGUAAGAUGAAGCAUGGAUAGAAAAUUAUACUGUACAGAAUAGCCACAUUGUCCUCUCAAAUAAACUGAUGAAAACUUA